CGCUGUAACUGGCGUUGUCCUUUUCCUCUUCACAUUUUAUCUUUUGUUCAGGCCGACCACCCCGUUGUUAAAUACAGCAACCCUACGCAGAAAUGAUGCAGGGUCCAGUAGAAGGUCCCUUGGAAUGUGUAUUGCCCAAGUUGCUUUUCUCGGCCAAAUGAAUCGCAUGCAGCCGGCGCCGUCCUCCUUUCUUUAACAUUUCUACUAGGACUUCCCAUUCGUCAUAAAAUGCAUUGAUGCGCUUCGUCAUACUUAUUUAAGAGGAAGAUACGACUCCGAUACCGAUUUUUAAUAAUCCCCGAUGUAUGAUUAUACGGUCGAAAGAAGGUCUUGGAGUGCGUCUCCGACAAAGCGAUGCAUAGUCUGGUCGUUCAGCUGCAUCGCUGACAAGACACCCACGGUUCCGCCGGCCACUUCAGAUCUGGAGUAAUGGCCGGCAUCUGGGAUGCGGGCCCCUUAACGAAGGUGAUAUCAUCAUUUGGAAAACGAAACAGCAGCAGCAGCAACAGGGGCUUUAAACUUGAAGUGCACUCAAUUCUGCUGACUCUAUCGCUCUCUGCUCCUGCCUGGUCAAGCAGGCUUCUUUCAACUUUUUUAUGUUCGUCGUCAGGUCGCCGGUUCCGCCGCACUGUUGCUGAUUUCCACUUUUCUUUCUCUUUUUUUCAAAUUUUGUUUUGCACCUGACUUUUUUUACAUUUUGAAUUUUGUUCUAUUUUAUGUAUUUAGGAAGAGCUCAUGUGUGGGAGGCCUAGGCCAGCUCGAUCGAUGGCGGCCUUCUUUUCUUGCGGGGAAGUUAAUGCGAGCUCCACCGUACAACUCCUAUGGUGGCAAACCCAAUAAGCUUUUAUCCAAGACUUUUUUCUUUCCCUUAACAAUCUUCAGAGCUUUUUGGUUUCUUUCUGUCCAAAGUCCGACACAUUGAAUUGUGUUCUCGCGCCAAUCUGACGCUCGUCCGUCCACCAACAAUUUUAACGCGUUGUAGUUGCCCGCUUUUUCACAUGGAACUUGAGAUCUUUUUCCUCGUUGUGAUACUUACAUACCCAAGUUUGGGGGAGAAGGGCAAACAUGUGAUGCGUCGGUGCACCGGGAAACGAGGACCUGGCGACUCCAUUCACGCGACUACCUACAUCCACAUGGUCUUUUGUAUGGAGUAGUGUAAAGAAAAGCUCAUGAUACUUGUGGAUCAUGCUGGUGGUAUCUUUCCUGCAAUUAAUCAUUCCCCAUGGAAUGGUGUGACCCUUGCUGAUUUUGUCAUGCCAUUUUUCCUCUUCAUAGUUGGGGUUUCUCUUGGCUUGACAUACAAGAGGCUUUCAAAUAAUGCUCUUGCAACUAAAAAGGCUGUAGUUCGAGCAGUCAAGCUACUGGCAUUGGGUCUUAUUCUCCAAGGGGGUUACAUUCAUCGUGUUUUUGAUUUGUCUUAUGGAGUUGAUAUAGCACACAUCCGUUGGAUGGGAAUCCUUCAGCGGAUAGCAAUAGCUUAUUUAGUGGCAGCAAUUUGUGAAAUUUGGCUGAAAGAUAAUCAGGAUGUGAUCAGUGGAUUCUCUUUGUUGAAGAAAUAUCGGCUACAAUGGUUGCUGGCUCUUAUGAUAUCUAUCAUAUACGUGGUAUUGUUGUAUGGUCUGUAUGUACCUGAUUGGGAGUUUCAGAUACUGAUUGAUGGAGCUUCUCCAACCAUGAAGACUUACUCUGUGAAAUGUGGAGUAAGGGGUGAUACUGGACCUGCUUGUAAUGCUGUUGGAAUGAUUGAUCGUACAAUUUUAGGCAUAAACCAUCUUUAUACAAGGCCAAUAUAUAAACGCUCAAAGGAAUGCAGCAUGCUUUCCCCUGAUUAUGGUCCGCUGCCUCCCAAUGCACCUUCGUGGUGUCAGGCACCUUUUGAUCCAGAAGGACUCCUAAGUUCAGUUAUGGCAAUUGUGACGUGCAUAAUUGGUUUGCAUUUUGGUCAUGUUCUUGUUCAUUUUAAGGAUCAUAAGGAAAGGAUUUUGCAGUGGAUGAUGCCAUCAUUAUUCUUUGUCUUGGUUGGCUUUUCCAUGGAUCUCUCUGGAAUGUAUCUGAACAAAGCUCUUUACUCAUUCAGUUAUAUGUGUGUCACUGCUGGUGUUGCUGGGAUUGCGUUCACUGGUGUAUAUGUAAUGGUUGAUGUGUAUAGCUACAGACGUUCAACAAAAUUGGCUGAGUGGAUGGGGGUGAAUGCUCUGACUAUAUACAUUUUGGUAGCCUGCAACGUAGUUCCAAUUGUACUUCAGGGAUUCUACUGGAAAAGCCCCGAAAACAACAUUUUCAAGUUGGUUGGGCUCCGAAGUUAGACUGGCAAGAGAGAACUAUUGUAACUAGGCUCUAUGAAGGAUGGCUUUUGCUGCUCCAUGCCGUGACGUGCUUGGAGUCUGCCGUCUAAAGUAUCACACCGUACAGAAAUGCACAUCUAAUUCUUUGCACAAGGACUGAUUUCCCACAGGAAGAACGGCGACCAGCUGAACUACUGUCCUGCUGGCAGAAUGGCGACCAGCUUCGGCAAUAAACUUCUUGGGUUGGACAUCAUAGUCCGUGCUCUCUCUCUCUCUCUCUCUCUCUCUCUCUCUCUUAUGUAAAUACUUGAGUUUCAUUUACUAGCUUCUCUAUCAUUUAAGAUGUUCGAUGCAACUUUUUGAUCUUGUAAAUACACGUAGCCGAAGAAUGACGUCUACUAAA